AAACAAUUUUCCUUCAGUCUCUGUCCGCUGUUUGUUUGAGUAUUAGGAUAGAGGUUUGACGGACGAACUGUGGUCAUACUCAUUCCUCAAGAUUAUUUUCUUGUCUUAAUGACGAAAAUUUGAAAGGAUUAUCCGUGUUUACAGAUGGCAGCACUGACCCUUUACUAUGUGUGACGUCACGAUUACUAAGACUCACCAGCUAAUGAGGAAAUUGUUUUGAUACCCAAAUAAUCGUGUAAACUUACAAAUUUAAACAAUUAAAAUGUUCGGAAAGAAACCCAGCAUGGAAGAUACCCUCUUCCAGCUUAAGUUCUCAAUAAAACAGAUGGAGAGAAUGGCUAAAAAAGCAGAAAAAGAGUCAAAUUCACAAAAAGCAAAAGUAAAAAAGGCUCUAACACAGAGGAAUGUAGAAGUGGCCCAAGUAUAUGCAGAAAAUGCUAUUAGGAAGAAAAACGAAGGCCUUAAUUAUCUCAGAAUGGCAGCCAGAGUGGAUGCGGUUGCUUCACGGAUACAGACAGCAGUCACAAUGCAACAGAUGACCAAAAAUAUGGAAGGAGUUACAAAAGCCUUAGACAAAGCAAUGGCAUCGAUGGACCUAGAGAAAGUUCAAGAAGUGAUGUCUAAAUUUGAGAAUCAGUUUGAAGAUCUAGAUGUUAGAACACAGACUGUGGAUGAAUCCAUGAGUGCUGCCACCACCCUGUCCACACCCCAGGACCAGGUGGAGGACUUGAUGAAACAGGUGGCCGAGGAGAACGGGUUAGAAAUAAUGGACCAGAUUCGGGAUCUACAACCUGGUCAGUCCUCGUUAGCUUCUACGGCUACCACAGAGUCGAAUAAAGAAGACCAGCUGUCUAGGAGGUUAGCAGCCUUGAGACACUAGUGAUGUUUAAGAAGAUAUGCCAGUGUUCUUAAAAACUUGUACAGAUGUCAGUGUCAGGUCGUGACCAGUCAACUGAGGUCUGAUUACCACAGUGUUUUUGUACAUAAUGCUUUGAGGACUAAUUUAUGUAAAGUUUUAGAAUAGAAAAAAACUGGUAAGGAAUCUGGUGUAAUUAUAUUUUAACUGCUGAUGAUGCCCUGGCUAUUGAAAAGCAUUUGAAACCCCGAUGGACAACUCUGUAGGAUCUACAAUUUUUUAAUGAUAUAUUUUUGUCACUUUUAUCUCAUAAACUUGCCUUUGUAUUAAAAUUGAUAUGGUGAGUAGCAGGUUAAUUUCAAGGAGUUCCUAUAUUCUAGUCACUUCCUUCCACCAGCUGCCAAAUUUUGUAAAUUUUGCCUUGUACCUAAGUUCUAAGCAAAGAUUCCAUCUUAUUGUUGCCCCCAUCCAGAAGUAAAAUAAGAAAGUAAAGGCCAAAAUGAAGCAUUUUGUUAGCAAUAUUUCAGGUAGGAAGUUGGGAGGUAUACAUCCCAAGUUUCAUAGAUUAUUGGCCUUAAAUUAUCAAUAUUCACAUCUGCCAUUUCCAUUAACAUCUGUAACUGGGGUUCGAGGGAGGGUUUGAGUCUUGCUGUCGUUAGCUUCUUCAUUGUAAAGGUUAAAAAGAACGUUUUUAUGCCCAAGAAUUGCUCUUACUUCUCUCUAUAAGAUUUUGUGACCAGAAGCAGUGAAAUUGUAUUUUUAAAUUAUAGUUGAAAGAAGUAAGCUAAAUUUUCUGAAAUAAUAUUUAUACUUACAACGAUUUGUGGAGAAAAUCAACAGUCCUUCAAUAUUAAAAUUCCUUUUAACAGUAUUUCAGAUGCCAUUUUUUCUUGUUCAGUAAAUUCCCAGGUUUCACUUUGUAUAUAGCAAGUUUGUAUGUAAACAGAAAUAAAAUGUAAUAUUAGAAUGGA